GGCUCGCGCAACCUGUCCAAGGCUGAGGAAGCACUCGCCAAGUUCGCAUCCGACGUGCAUCCCUCCUCUACUGUCGUCCCAACCCUCAUCGACUUGACGGACGAGAAGACGAUCAAAGCCGCCGCGGAGUCCACGGCGAAGAUCUUGAAGGAGAAGGGCGCUGCUGGACUGGAUGCGCUUGUGAACAAUGCCGCCAUACUAGGACAAGGGUCCGAUGCGCUCAUCUAUGCUACGAACGUGGCAGGUACAGUUGCCGUCAAGGAUGCGUUGUACCCUCUUAUGACCGCGACCGGCGGUGCGGUCAUCGUCAACAUCUCAUCGGAGUUGGGAUCCCUCACACUGCACACCAAACGCCCGCCACUGCCCAUCUAUGGCGCGUACAGCGCCAGCAAGUCUGCGCUUAACAGUUUCACGCUCCAGUGGACCAUAGAAGAAGAGCAGCGAAAGUCCGGGAUCAGAGUCGUUUCGAUCUGCCCAGGCUACAACGCAACCAAUAUCAACGGAUAUGGGGGGACCAAAGAUCCCGCGGAUGGCUCGAUGAUCAUCGUCAAAGAGGCCCUGGCAACGGAGGGAGAAAGUGGUCGUUUCUACAACGAGGAGGGGCCGAUCGGCUGGUGACCCAGGGUGAAAGGCCAUAAUUUUCUAGUCAUUCAGCCACUUCGUAAUCACUUGCUCGUCCUUUCACUAGCUGAAGAUAUAAACCCUUUCCCUUUA